UCUUAUCCGAUGGCUCCGCCGCCGCCGCUUCUUGCUCUCCUCCUCCUCCUCCUCCUCGCCGUGUCUCCCGCAGCCUCAUCAGCGGUGUUCCCGAAGGAAGCACUCCCGACCAGCUCCGGCUACCUGCCAAUCGACCCGUCCACCAACGCCUCCCUCUACUACGCCUUCUACGAGGCCACCGCCCCGCACACGCCGCCGGCCGCCACCCCAAUCCUCCUCUGGCUGCAGGGCGGGCCGGGCUGCUCGGGCCUGGUGGGCAACCUCUUCGAGCUCGGGCCCUACCUCGUCGCCCCGGACGGCGCCUCCCUCGCCCGCAACCCCUCCGCCUGGAACCGCCGCUUCGGGCUCCUCUUCCUCGACAACCCGCUCGGCACCGGCUUCAGCGCCGCGCCCUCCCCCGCCCUCAUCCCCACCAACCAGUCCGUCGUGGCCGCGCACAUCCACGCCGCGCUGCAGGCCUUCUUCGACGCCACCCCGCCCCUCCGAUCCCGCCCCUUCUUCCUCUCCGGCGAGAGCUACGCCGGCAAGUACGUCCCCUCCACCGGCGCGCACAUCCUCUCCGCCAACCCCACCCUGCCGUCCGGGCGGCGGAUCAACCUCCGCGGCGUCGCCAUCGGGAACGGGCUCACGCACCCGGUGGCGCAGGUCGCCACGCACGCCGACUCGGCCUACUUCACGGGCCUCAUCAACGCCAAGCAGAAGCGGGCGCUGGAGGCGCUGCAGGCGGCGGCGGUGGCGCUGACAGAGUCCGCCCGGUGGCGGGAGGCCGCGGACGCGCGCGGGGAGGUGCUCUCGUGGCUGCGGAACGCCACCGGCCUCGCCACGCUCUACGACUACGCCAAGCAGCGGCCGUACGGCACCGACGCCGUGGGGGCGUUCGUCAACCGGGCGGAGGUCAAGGCGGCGCUGCGCGCGCGGGAGGACGUGGCGUGGGAGGAGUGCAGCGGCGCGGUCGGCGCCGCGAUGCACCAGGACGUGAUGAAGAGCGUCAAGACGGAGGUGGAGGCGCUGCUCCGGCGGCACACGCGCGUGCUGCUGUACCAGGGCGUCCGGGACCUCCGGGACGGCGUCGUGUCGCAGGAGGCGUGGAUGAAGGACCUGAACUGGGGCGGCCUGCAAGCGUUCCUGGACGCCGACCGCGCCGUGUGGCGGGUUGCGGGGUCCGGCGACGGCGAGGAGGAGGAGCUCGCCGGGUACGUGCAGCGGGCCGGCGCGCUGACGCACGUGGUGGUGUACGGCGCCGGGCACCUCGUGCCGGCGGACAACGGCCGCGCCACGCAGGAGAUGAUCGAGGGCUGGGUCACGCAGACAGGCCUCUUCGGCGGCAGCCGCCUGGGCUCGCGGGGCCUCAUGCCGGCCUGAAACCGCAGCUUGACUAAGCUGAUGAUCCCAUACCAUGCCAAAAUUGUGCAAUAAUGGCAUUUUUCUCUGAUAAAUUCAGUGAUGAAUUCGUGGAUUGUUCUCUGACAUUUGGUGAUGAAUACAGUCAAACAUGAAUGUCUCACCCAAACAUUCAGGAACCCCAGUCCCCGUGAUCAAAGAACCAAGUUUUGGGCUU